AUGAUAAUUUGUUAGGGUUCGUUGAAACAUGAUAUGUAGCAGCCAAAACAUAACAAGUACAACGCACGCCAUCCUUUCGCGUUUCGACAGUAUAGCGCUCAAGGCCGUGUUGCGAAGACACGGCACACUCAAAAUACCCCACGGCAAAACAGAACGAGAAACGGCGACCCUAGGUCAUUGAGCCAGGUGAAUUUAUUAAUAUAACUUAGUGAUAUCGGGGCGUUUUGAGACUAUGGUACCACGGAAUAAACUCGUGUGAUUAAAAUGAUGGACAGUAAACCAGGGACGAGUUUUGUUUUCGAACCAUGCAGUGGUUUGCUGACGAGGGGCGCGAAUAAACGGCGUGUAUCACACGAAGAUUUGAGCCCACCGCCGACCCCGAUUUCAGCUAGUAAUAUUCAACUGAACACAUCGGAAAACACGCAAUCUAUAUUGGAGGAUCGAAGUUUGUCAACAAUGCCAUGUGGAAGUACAACAACAAGUGUGAACACUCCAUCGGCAACACUCAAUGCUUGCUCAAGCAUAGCACCCACGGGUCUUUCCCUACAAAAUCCGCAAGCUCACGACCUACGGGAUAUUCUCGCCGGACAGCUACCUCCGAACACCAGUCCGUAUUAUGCACCGCAAUAUGCACCGAUCCCCUAUCAACAACCACCGCAACGUUUUGACUUUUCACAUUCAAUAGAUCAUUUUCAACCGGCAACGCCUUACGGUCAGACACCGUCGGCGUUUCAUCCUCAACAACAAAUUUCAAAUCAUCAACAAGCGACUUCAAAUCCGAACCAUAGACUCUUAAGACGUGAACAAUUGCAGCGUUUAGAUACAUCCGUGGGACCGUUUAGUCCCGAUUUAGUCAAUGGACAUUUUACCUCGCAUGCUCAUAGGCAUGAUCCAAUACGGUUAAGUAACGAGGCUAUGGAUAUUAUGUCGCCCGCGCAACUUAGUGGUCAGAGCACUCCGCAGUCUUUGGAGCCGCCAUCAUCAAGAACGUCGCGAGACUUUAGAUAUAGGCAAGACGACGAGGAUAGCAAAGACGAAAUCGACACCCAUCGUCCCGUGCAACCUUCGGACGUAUUUUGUUCGGUCCGAGGGCGUUUGUCCCUUCUCAGGUCCACGUCAAAAUACAAAGUUAGUGGGGAAAUAAGGAGACGACUGUCACAUCCUGAGUGUCUAAAUGCCUCAUUACUUCGGGGAGUCUGAGAAGGUCGGGCGAAGUCGAAAAAUGGUGGUAAAUGUCUACGGGAAAAAUUAGAAAAAAUAGGUUUGUCACUUCCGGCUGGACGAAGGAAAGCAGCGCAGGUCACGUUGUUAACAUCAUUAGUGGAAGGCGAAGCUGCUCAUUUGGCCGGCGAUUUCGACUAUGUAUGUGUAUCGGAGUUUCCAACACAGGCACUUUCCGAGCACGUGGCUAAAAGUCAUAAAGAAUCAGCAGAGUAUGAAACACGAAAGAAUGCCAUACUCUCUUGCAAACAAAUUACAAAGGAGCUACAAGACAUCCUCGCCCAAGAUCCAUACCCUACAAGUAGACUAUCCAACAGCACUCUACCGGAAUCCGUUCUCAAAGGACUCACGCAUUUUGGUCUUGUGACACACGGUUUUGGCACGCCUGCAUUCAAUGCCGCACUCAAUUCUUUUCAAGCUUACCUUAGUGAACUUUUAAAAUGCCACGAAUCUUUGCAUAGCAACAAUAACUCCUUCCAAGCUGGUAUGUCUGCGUCUAGAAGUCAAAAUUUAAAGAAUGGUGAAGUAUAGCAUUGGGUUCUCUGAAGACGCGUACUAAGAUGAUGGUAUCAAGAUGCAUUUCAGCACGUAUUUCAUGAAAAUCUUCCACAAAGCUUAAACAAUAAAUCGUAUUUAUAGGACUGAAGCACAGAGUAAUACAGAGGGUUCGCUUUUUCUCAUUGCUUUGUGUGAUAGUCUUCUAAGUUCAUCUUUGACUGGAUCAACACCACCCCACCCUCCCCACACACACACACACCCACCCACAAAAAACCAAAUAACUAUUUCGAUCAAAUUAGAUGCACUUCAUUUAGAAGGUUCACCAAUUUACUUAAAGUGAUACCUCUGUAUUGCUCUGUCGGUAAAGCAGACUAAAGAAAAUAUGAAUUUGCUGCUAGGAGAGCAAAGUCCAAAAAAAUUAACACGUGUAAUUAAUACGUGCAAUGGGCGACAGUUAAAGUCAAUGUAUACCAUGAGCGUAGCCAGGGUGAUGUCUCCCUUUCAUGACAAUUUCAAACUGACAGCUAUUAGUUGUUUUUUGCGUGUUAAGAUACCAUCGCCCUCCCCUGCACUAUUUUUCAUAAAUCCUGCCCGUGCCCCCUGAUACAGGUAUUGUUCAUUCAGGCAUAAAUGUCAUCAGGUUUGCUUUUCAAGAAAACCCCAUCAUCGUGGCAAUGACAACAAUUCACAUAUAAACUCAACUUAGAAAUAGGUCGAGUUUUCGCCAUAGCUACCUCCUACGAAAGUCGGACGAAAAAAUUUUCCAAUUCUUCUCAGUUUUGUUUCUACGUCGAUUUUCGAACAGAAGGACGAUAUUUAUUAAGAUGUUUUGUAGAGAUUAAUAAUGCAAGCUUUCUAAAAGCCGCGGGGCAUUCGACACGAGUUAGGUAAUUCUAUAUAAUUAUUUAGAAAAAGACAAUACAAUAUUCUAUGCGAAUAGAGUAAUUUGGCAUUUUGUUUGAAAUACGUUUUAUGUAUUUGUAGUUAUGUACGAGAAUUGUAUUUAAGCUACGCACGCGCGUGGGUUGGUCUAACUAUUGCAAAACUUCAACUUGAAUCCGAAAACACGUUCCGCUGUUGAUAAACGAGCGAUACGGUGAAAUAGAGAAAAUAUGCACAACUACAGACUAAUACAGAGAGUCAAUUUCGAAAACGAAAGGAUCAACAGCAUAGCAGUGCGCUUGUACCUCCCCCCUCCCCCAUCAUUUUCUAUUCAUUUCUGGGAGGUUAUACGUUAAGUUAAACAAGGCGACCGAACAAAAAAUUUGUACGCAUUAACUACCUCUGUAUUUAUCUGACAUUGUUGCAUAAUCGCACAUCGAUGUCAAAAUACAAUGAAUUCUUGCAUAGUAUCGUGAAUGACAUGUAAAGAUGGUUGAGCACUAUGCUUGAUAAGCCGUUACAGGACAUGAGACUGUCAAGAACGUUCAUGGAAGUUCACAUAUUCAACCACUCGUUGCUACAUAUAUAUCGUGCCUAUAACUAAGUCAUAGGCAUGAAGGUAUGCUGGGUCGGGGGGGACAGUAAAUAUUUCUUAGCCAAUACAACUCACAAUUUCUACUGGACUUCUAAUUACACGUCAUAAUUUUAUUCAUAAUUUUAAUUUUCCUUAUUCUUCGCAUUACUAAUGUUGAAGAUUUUACGAAACUAAACCUUGAUAAGAACUCGCUUUUAGAUCUCAACCAGCAAACCAGAAGAUAGACAAGUGUUUCCCACAUGCAAGUAAAAUUAUGAUGCGUGCGCAAGGUGUUUCCCACAUGCAAGUAAAAUCAUAAUGCGCGAGCGCAAGUACAAUAAAUAACAAAGACAAUCUACGGGUAUUGAAAUCACAAGCCGCAACUGUGCAUAUAAAAUUUGUAAGAAACAUGCAAUUGUAAAAAAAAUCAAAUCAAGAUUGUUGUAAUUGAAUAAAGUCAUGUUCAAUGGUA